AUGGCCGGCGUCACCGUGCUCAGCGAGCUUCCGCCCGCCUCCCUCUUCACCUUCCCGCCGGACGGCGCCCACAUGGCCAUCCCCCCACCCCAGCCCGGAUCCAUCGCCGCCGCACCCCCCUUCGAGAUUCCUGACCACAUUUUCUCCGCCGCCCUUGACCCCAAGGUGCCCAUCACCAUUGCCGCCACUUACGCCGUCACUGUCAGCUUGUUGAACAAGUACAACAGGUCCACUAACCGCAAGCCCUGGGCCAUCAGCAAGACGAAGCCUUUCUUCGCCUUUGUCGUCCUGCACAAUGUCUUCCUUGCCGUCUACUCGGCCUGGACUUUCUGGGGUAUGCUGGGAGGCAUGCGCAGGAGUGUUGUGAGCCCCUUCGGUCCCAAUGGCCUCGCUGCCACCGCCGAUAGCUUCUGCCAGCUCAACGGCAACGGCGGCUUCGGUUCCGCUACCGUCUACAACGAGACUGUUGGUUUCUGGCAGAGCUUGACUGGACAGUCCGCGCUUGGUUUCGAUGGUCGCCCCAGCCGUACCGCUUCUGGCAGAAUCUGGAACGAGGGCCUUGCCUUUUACGGCUGGAUCUUCUAUCUGAGCAAGUUCUACGAGGUCCUCGAUACCUUCAUCAUCCUGGCCAAGGGCAAGCUUAGCUCCACUCUCCAGACCUACCACCACGCCGGUGCCAUGAUGUGCAUGUGGGCCGGUAUUCGCUACAUGUCUGCCCCCAUCUGGAUGUUCGUUUUGGUCAACUCCUUUAUUCACGCCAUGAUGUACACCUACUACACCAUCACCGCUUUCAACAUCCGCGUCCCCAUGGCCAUCAAGCGAACCCUCACCACCCUCCAGAUCACCCAGUUCCUCGUCGGUGCUUCGUACGCUAUGCUCCACUCCUUUGUGUCAUACACCGUCCCUGUGACCGUCUACACUUCCAAGAAGGCCGCCGAGGCUGCAGCUGAGGCCGCCACCAGCAGCACCGCUGUUGAGGCCACUGCUACUGCUGCCGCUGGUGCCUUCGAGACUCUCAAGAACAUGGUCUUUGGUGCCACGGCCAAGGUUGCUGAGGAGGCUGCCAGCGCGUCCGUCGCCGCUGCCGCUCCUCCCCAGCCCGGUUUCAUUGCCGAGACCGUCUACGUCACUCAGCCCUGCAUCACCACCAGCGGCGAGACGUUCGCCAUCUGGCUCAAUGUUUUCUACCUGGCUCCCCUUACCUACCUGUUCGUCAUGUUCUUCAUCCGCAGCUACCUCCGCCGUAGCAGCGCCGAGUCGGCCAAGGGUAAGGGCAAGGCCCGCCGCGAGAGCAACGUCACCUUGGCAGAGAAGGCUGGCUGGGAUGCGGCUCGUGAUGUCAACCGCGAGAUCUACAACGGCUCUGCCGAGUACGCUGUGGAGGGCAGCCCCCGCCGCGCCAACGGAAAGGCCAAGGCCCGUGCUUAA